AUGUCCAAAUUCUACACCAUCAUCGCCGGCGUAGGCGCAGGAACAGGCCGCUCACUAGCCCUCCGCUUCGCCAAAUCCUACCCCGUCAUCCUCCUAGCCCGCACCCCCCAAUCCUACGACCCCAUCGUCACCGAAAUCACCUCCCUCGGCGGACAAGCCCUCGGCAUCCCGACCGACACCUCCGACGCCACCUCCCUAGCCUCCGCCUUCCAAACAAUCAAAGACCACCACAAAGACGCCCACCUCGCCGCGGCAAUCUACAACGUCGGCGCCGGCUUCGCAGUCAAACCCUUCCUCUCCCUCACCCCCACCGACCUCUCCGCCUCCCUCUCCUCCAACGCGGUCGGCCUCUUCAACUUUGCGCAGCAGACCCUCCCCCUUUUGCUCUCCUCCGUCUCUGCCUCCCCUCCUCACCCCCCUUCUCUCAUCGUGACCGGAGCUACCGCUUCUGUGAGGGGUUCCCCCAAGUUCGCUACCUUUGCGGCAGGGAAGUUUGCUGCUAGGGCGUUGACCCAAAGCUUGGCGAGAGAGUUUGGUCCUCAGGGGGUGCACGUGGCGCAUGUUAUCGUUGACGGGGUGAUUGACAUCCCUCGUACCAAACAGUGGGAGGCGAACGGGGGCGUGGAGGAUGGGAAGAUCAAUAGUGAUGCUAUUGCGGAGAGUUACUGGCAUUUGCACACGCAGCAUAGGUCUGCGUUUACGCAAGAGUUGGAUUUGAGGCCGUAUGUGGAGAAGUUUUAA